GUUCGUCAAUUCUCCGCAAAUAAUCCGACCCAAACUUCUUGACGAGCACGGCCUGGCCGCGCUAUCUCUUCGGCUUAUCGUAUGGUGUUGUUGUAGAUCUGCAGCUCCAAUGAUCGAUAUAAAAGUUACCGCACGAGGACGAGAUCUCUGGUUCCUUUCCUUGGCUAUUGACGAGCCUCUUCCUGACGGGAUUCCGAGUGUGGCUCCAAUGAUCUGAGAUCUUGUUCUGCGUCUCAGUUCCAAUCCCAGGUAGUCGGUUCCAUGGCUGUGAAAGGAAAUGCUGCCGAGAAUAGGUCCAGAAGUUCUGUUUCUAUAUUCAUAAUAAUUGGCAUGUGCUGCUUCUUCUAUGUUUUGGGAGCAUGGCAGAGAAGCGGUUUCGGGAAGGGUGAUAGUAUUGCUAUUGAGAUAACUAAACAAACUGAUUGCACAAUCUUACCAAAUCUUAGUUUUGAGACGCAUCAUAGUAGAUCAGAUAUCGAUAAUGAUGGUGGUGCAAAACCCAAAACUUUUGAACCAUGUGAUGAACAUUAUACAGACUAUACUCCUUGCCAAGAUCAAAGCCGAGCAAUGUUGUUUCCUAGAGAAAAUAUGAACUAUCGAGAACGGCAUUGUCCCCCGGAAGAAGAAAAACUUUACUGUCUGAUACCAGCACCCAGAGGAUAUGUUGCUCCAUUCCCAUGGCCAAAAAGUCGGGACUUUGUCCCUUAUGCAAACGUCCCCUAUAAAAGUCUGACAGUUGAGAAAGCUGUCCAGAAUUGGGUUCAAUUUGAAGGCAAUGUUUUUAGAUUCCCUGGUGGUGGAACACAGUUUCCUCAAGGCGCAGACACAUAUAUCAACCAACUUGCAUCAGUUAUUCCUAUCAAUAAUGGGACAGUGAGAACUGCAUUGGACACCGGUUGUGGGGUUGCAAGCUGGGGAGCUUACCUUCUUAAAAAGAAUGUUCUAGCCAUGUCAUUUGCACCAAGAGACUCUCAUGAGGCACAGGUGCAAUUUGCUCUAGAAAGAGGUGUUCCUGCAAUUAUUGGUGUCCUUGGUACAAUUAAACUUCCAUACCCAUCUAGAUCCUUCGAUAUGGCUCACUGUUCAAGGUGCUUAAUUCCUUGGGGAGCAAAUGAGGGAAUGUAUAUGAUGGAGGUUGAUCGAGUUCUUAGGCCAGGGGGAUACUGGGUGCUUUCAGGCCCUCCAAUAAAUUGGAAGAAUAACUACAAAGCAUGGUUGCGAACACAGGAGGACCUUGAGGAAGAGCAGAAAAAGAUAGAAGAGAUUGCUGAGCUUCUUUGCUGGGAGAAGGUCUCUGAAAAAAAUGAAAUUGCAAUAUGGAGAAAGAGAACCAAUACUGAUUCAUGUCCUCUGAGGCAAGAUGAACCUCAUAUCAGAACUUGUGACGCUUCUUAUGCGGAUGAUGUCUGGUACAAGAAGAUGGAAGCAUGCAUUGUGCCUUUUCCGGAAGUUGACAAUCCUGAAGAAGUUGCUGGUGGAGAAUUAAAAGCAUUUCCAGAUAGACUGAAUGCCUUGCCUCCUACAGUAGCUAGUGGUUCUGUUCCUGGUUUCUCAGCUGAGUCAUUUCAUGAAGACAACAGAUUAUGGAGGAAACAUGUCAAAGCUUACAAAAGAAUAAACAAGUAUCUUGACACAGGAAGAUAUCGAAAUAUAAUGGAUAUGAAUGCAGGGUUCGGUAGUUUUGCAGCUGCAAUUGAAUCACCUAAAUUAUGGGUAAUGAAUGUGGUGCCCACAAUUGCUGAGAAGUCUACACUACGCGUCAUAUAUGAAAGAGGGAUGAUUGGCAUAUAUCAUGACUGGUGUGAAGCUUUCUCGACUUACCCAAGGACUUAUGACCUUAUCCAUGCCCAAGGUCUUUUUAGCAUGUACAUGAACAAGUGCAAAAUGGAAGAUAUUCUCCUAGAAAUGGACCGAAUACUGAGGCCUGAAGGCGCCGUCAUAUUCCGAGAUCAAGGUGAUAUCCUGGUGAAGGUGAAGAGGAUGAUUACUGGAAUGAGAUGGAAGACAAAGAUGUCAGAUCACGAGGAUGGCCCUCUUUUGCAGGAAAAGAUUUUGGUUGCAGUUAAGCAGUAUUGGGUCGUCGACAAUCCGAAAACACAGUGGGAGGGUGAGCCUGAUCAAUCGCCGGUAAUUGAAAAUAGCAAUCCAAGCCGAGGGGUUGACCAACCCAUAGAACAAAUGAGUUGAGGCACAGCCAUCAACUUGUUGCUUGGAGAUAGAGUAGCUUUCUCCAAUAACACUGUCUCUCCCCCUUCUUUGGUGUUUAGUAGUGAAUCUUUUACAGGGUAAUUUUUUUUCCCUUCUUUUUUUUUUCAACCCUAUCGAUUCUCUCACCUGCUAAAGAGAGAGAUUUAACUGAAACAUGAGGUUCCUGUGAAAUUCUACUUAUUCUGUUGUAUGUGGGGUUCUUCACUGGAGGUGAAUGAAGAACAAGGACUAAUUCCUCAUCCCAGGUAUUUAGUGUCACUAUAUAUUUUUUUGUAUUUUAUAGAUCAAGUGAAGAAGGUGCGAGAAGUGUUUCUUACUAUUCAAAUUA